AUGAAGACCUUAUUCCUCCUAGCUCUCCUUUCUCUUGUAGUGAGCACAACCAUUGCACAAUACAAAGAGGUUGGCGGCAGCUAUGAGAACGGUGGCGGAGGGUUUGGUUCUCAAAACUGCCCACCGGAGAAGACGAAGCUGGACGCUUGCAAGGAUUAUGUGAUGGAGCGGUGCUUGGCGGUGAAGGGUUUUUCAAUCGCCAGGCUUUUGAAAUGGUGGAAGGGCGCCUGUGAACAAGAGGCCCUAGACCAGUGUUACCAGCAACUACGCCCGAUAGCAAAGAAGUGCCGUUGUGAGGCCAUUUGGAGAGCCGUCCAAGGCAACCUUGGUGGCAUCUUUGGUUUUCAGCAAGGCCAGAUAACCAAACAAAUUCAGAGGGCCAUGAUGUUGCUGUCCAAAUGCAAAUUGGAUUCCAACUGCAAGUUCGUCGCUACUAAUGGCUAUUACUAG